AAAUAAUUUGAUGAAUUUAAACGAUGAUCGAUUAGGUCAGCAUUCUGGAUUCCACCAUGCCUUUUUGGAAAAAGAACAGUAAUAGACCUUCCAAAAGGGAGAUUGAAUCAUUGCAAGAUGCAAAAAUGUCACUUGCAGAAAAUCUUCCUGCUCACGUCAAGAUAGUGGACAUCAGCCAGAUAUACCUAACAGAGAUUCCAUAUGGAGUCUUCUCUGUUAUAAAAUAUCAGCAAAAAGAUUGCCUCAUAGUCAAUAACAAUGAGCUAAAGGACUUGAAAGGAGAUUUGAGUUCGCUUGAUGAGCUCAAAAAAUUCGAUUUAUCGUUCAAUCUUCUUAAGAGUGUCCCGAAAAGUAUUUCAUCAUGUCAAGCUCUAGUAUAUUUGAACUUAGAUCACAACGAACUGAAAUCAUUACCAUCAGUUCUGGGAUGUCUUCAAAACCUUGAGACCAUCUCGGCUAGUUCAAACAAAAUCACAGUUAUCGCCCCUGAGAUUGGAGCUUUGAGGAAACUCCACUCCCUUCUCCUGAAAAACAACGAAAUCACCAAAAUCCCAGACAACUUUGCUCACUGCUACCGGUUGAAAAAUUUAGACCUUGACGUUGAGAAGAUCAUUUACCCACCCGCGGAAAUCGUCAUGGAGGGGGGCAGGGCCACCAUUCUGUGGCUAUGUGACGAAAAUAAUGUCGAUAAAACAGCAAUUGAGGGUCAACCAGAUACGGAAUACGGUACCAAGUUUGAAGCUAUCAGCGCUCAAGAAAAAGCGGCGGAGGAGAUGAUGCUGAAGAGACAAGAGCACGAGGCGGAGGAAGCAGCCGAGAUGUUAGCAAAGAUAAGGGAAGAGGAGGAAAACUUGAGGAAAAUAUCUGAAAACACCAACACUAGAGACGAACUGAGGAAAAAGCGAUUGCAUCAAAAGAUGAAAGAAGAAGAUGCUAAAGAGGCAAAGAAGCUUUCAGAAUAUCUCGAGUUUAUGGAUGAUGUUAAGAUGACCAACAUCCGGGAGGCUCUAAAGGAAGUAGAGGAUAAAGAUAUAGAUGCGGUAAGGAUACUGGCGGAAGUGACUGCUAUGUUCGAGGAGGAGAAGAGACGUCUGAAGGAGUUCCUGGCAGAGGACGAGGCUAUCCUUAAAGAAUACGCAGCUAACCACAAGUUGGACAUGUCGUUCAUAUCAGACGAGAUGGAGAAGAUACUGCAGGAGGAGCAGAUGAUGGAGAGGUUCACACGCAACGCAGAGCACGAGCUGGAGCAGAUGUUCGACAUGGUCCAGGAGGAGGAGGGUCAGGAGAGUGCUGUUCACAAGAGAAUGGCCCAGGGUUUUGAGCAAGAUAAAAAACAGAUGUUACAGAUGAUAUUGAAGGAUGAGGACUUGCAAAGGAAAAUGUUUAUAACUGCUCAGCAGGAACAAGAUAAAGUUUAUAAGGCUCUCUCGACUCAGAUAGAGAAUAUCCAAGAGAACCUGUACUUGCUGACUGUUCUGGAGAACAACCAGAAGAAGCUAGAUGAGCAGGUGGUGGAUGAUAUCAGAGGCCAGAGAGCGGAUAUGGCAGGACUGCUGACCCAGCUGAUGACAAAGCAGGAGGAGAGGAGGACUGAGCUGGAGGAUGCAGCCAGAAUGAUAGAGCAGCAGUGCGAGGACGAGCUGGCUAACUUCUGGCUGUAUCAGUACCAGAUGUUGAUGGCCAGUAAGCCGGUGAAGAUCCUAAGAGAAGAGGAGGAAGCCAUGCACGCGGCGAGUAAAGCAAUGCAGCUGGAGAAACCCCUUGGGGAUGAUGAGUACGAGGGACCACCGGUGCUACCAGAUGCAUGGAACAACACUCCCUCAGCGCCGACCGCAGACGCCACGCCUACCGCUCCCUCUGAUGCGGCCCCAGCUCUCGAACUUGGGGGUCAGGCCCCACGUGGAGGUGUCCAAGUAAACGCAGAGUCGGAGUGCUGCAUCUGCCUCGACAAGGCACCUUGCGUGGCGUUCUUACCCUGCGGGCACGUGUGUUGCUGCGCAGACUGCGGCAUCGUGUCUGUGUGCCCGAUGUGCCGCGCGCAGAUAACCACAACUGUACGGUUAUAUUUCACUCAGACUUAAGGGAAACAAUAAAACUAUCGCUGGUAUAAUCAGAUUUGUUGUCACGGAAGUGCCUUUAACUUGGUGUUCAGAUAGUUUUCCCAAAAUUGAUUACCGGGAACUCAUGAUUUAGUCGAUUCAUUUUUACGGACUGCAUUGUAAUGCUAUCAUUCGGCUGGUUUUUUGUAUAUUAUGGCGACGUUUUAGAAAUUAAAAAGAUACAUUUUUUAAGAGGUGAUUAAAAGCGUGUGAAAAUGAAAAUCUGAAACGUUCUGGACACACGACAUACCUUUUCUUUCAAAAACGUAGAUCUGACAGAACACAUUUUUCUUUAUUAUUUUUGUGUGAAUUUGGCUGCGUUUGUUUUACCUCCACAUCGUAUAACGAUACGAAGAAACGGAUAGGUGGCCCCAGUUUUAAUAAAAUGUUUUUGAUUAUUCUUCUUUCUUGAAUUCUUACCAAGAUAUAAUAAUUAGUAUAAUUGAUACUUAAUUGCAUAUGAUUAGUAUUAUUGAUACUUAAUUUGCUUGCACUCUUUUUAUGAAGUUAGUUUUUUAAGAUUGUCGAGGUUUUUAUGUAGAUACAUGUACUGCACAUUUGUAGCUAAUUCUUCAAGAAAUUCAGC